CCGGGCAGCAUUCCUGGGAGGCCGGCGCUCUGACGUGGACUCGGGGGCCGCGGGCGCGGCGGGGGGGCGGCAGCCCGGGGGUUUCUUAAACCCCCCACCCGGGCCCAGCCCGCACUUCCCGAGCACCGCUCCGCCUGCGGAGGGAGAGAGAGCCAGAGAGCGGCAGAGAAGCCGAGAGGCCCGCCGAGCCCCGCCAGCCAAGGCGCAAGAGAAGUUGGAGAGAGCGUAGCGAGCUGUCCCGUCCCGACAGCGCCCCGACAGCGCCCGCAGCCCGAGUCCCCAGGCCACAAAGUCCCUGUCCCCGCGGGCUCCAGCAUGAUGAACAACAGUGGCUACUCCGACGCCUCCGGCCUCGGCCUGGGCGAUGAGGCGGACGAGAUGCCGUCCACUGAGAAGGACCUGGCGGAGGACGCGCCAUGGAAGAAGAUCCAGCAGAACACGUUCACGCGCUGGUGCAACGAACACCUCAAGUGCGUGGGCAAGCGCCUGACCGACCUGCAGCGCGACCUCAGCGACGGGCUGCGCCUCAUCGCGCUGCUCGAGGUGCUCAGUCAGAAGCGCAUGUACCGCAAGUUCCACCCGCGCCCCAACUUCCGCCAGAUGAAGCUGGAGAACGUGUCUGUGGCUCUCGAGUUCCUGGAGCGCGAGCACAUCAAGCUCGUGUCCAUCGACAGCAAGGCCAUCGUGGAUGGGAACCUAAAGCUGAUCCUGGGUCUGAUCUGGACUCUGAUUCUGCACUACUCCAUUUCCAUGCCCAUGUGGGAGGAUGAAGAUGAUGAAGAUGCCCGCAAACAGACACCCAAGCAGCGUCUGCUCGGCUGGAUCCAGAACAAGGUCCCCCAGCUGCCCAUCACCAACUUCAACCGUGAUUGGCAAGACGGCAAGGCUCUGGGUGCCCUGGUGGACAACUGUGCCCCUGGUCUCUGCCCUGACUGGGAAGCCUGGGACCCCAACCAGCCUGUGCAGAAUGCUCGGGAAGCCAUGCAGCAAGCAGACGACUGGCUCGGGGUGCCCCAGGUGAUUGCCCCCGAGGAAAUUGUGGACCCCAAUGUGGAUGAGCAUUCGGUCAUGACCUACCUGUCCCAGUUCCCCAAGGCCAAGCUAAAACCUGGUGCCCCUGUUCGUUCCAAGCAGUUGAACCCAAAGAAAGCCAUCGCCUAUGGGCCGGGCAUUGAGCCCCAGGGCAACACUGUGCUGCAGCCCGCCCACUUCACUGUGCAGACUGUGGAUGCUGGAGUGGGCGAGGUGCUAGUCUACAUUGAGGACCCUGAGGGCCACACCGAGGAGGCCAAGGUGGUUCCCAACAAUGAUAAGGACCGCACCUACGCCGUCUCCUACGUACCAAAGGUUGCUGGGUUACACAAGGUGACUGUGCUCUUUGCUGGCCAGAACAUUGAGCGUAGCCCCUUUGAGGUGAAUGUGGGCAUGGCCCUGGGAGAUGCCAACAAGGUGUCAGCCCGUGGCCCUGGCCUGGAACCUGUGGGUAAUGUGGCCAACAAACCCACCUACUUUGAUAUCUAUACUGCAGGGGCUGGCACUGGUGAUGUUGCCGUGGUGAUCGUGGACCCACAGGGCCGGAGGGACACAGUGGAGGUAGCCUUGGAGGACAAGGGUGACAGCACAUUCCGCUGCACAUACAGGCCUGUGAUGGAGGGGCCACACACAGUUCACGUGGCCUUUGCUGGUGCUCCCAUCACCCGCAGUCCUUUCCCUGUCCAUGUGGCUGAAGUGCCCCUGCCGCUGCCCAGGCCCUCUGUACCCAUCAUCCACCAGGCCAAGAAAGUGGCACCACCCUGUAACCCCAAUGCCUGCCGUGCCUCUGGGCGAGGCCUGCAGCCCAAAGGUGUGCGUGUAAAAGAGGUGGCUGACUUCAAGGUGUUCACCAAGGGUGCUGGCAGUGGAGAGCUCAAGGUCACAGUCAAGGGGCCAAAGGGCACAGAGGAGCCAGUGAAGGUGCGGGAGGCUGGGGAUGGUGUGUUCGAGUGCGAGUACUAUCCUGUGGUGCCUGGAAAGUAUGUGGUGACCAUCACGUGGGGCGGCUAUGCCAUUCCCCGUAGCCCCUUUGAGGUCCAGGUGAGCCCAGAGGCAGGAGCCCAGAAGGUACGGGCCUGGGGUCCUGGUUUGGAGACUGGCCAGGUGGGCAAGUCAGCUGACUUUGUGGUAGAAGCCAUCGGCACAGAAGUGGGGACACUAGGCUUCUCCAUUGAGGGACCCUCACAGGCCAAGAUUGAGUGUGAUGACAAGGGUGAUGGUUCCUGUGAUGUGCGGUACUGGCCUACAGAGCCUGGGGAGUAUGCUGUCCAUGUCAUCUGUGACGAUGAGGACAUCCGUGACUCACCCUUCAUUGCCCACAUCCAGCCAGCCCCACCAGACUGCUUCCCUGACAAGGUGAAGGCCUUUGGGCCUGGCCUGGAGCCCACUGGCUGCAUCGUGGACAGGCCUGCUGAGUUCACCAUUGAUGCUCGUGCUGCUGGCAAGGGAGACCUGAAGCUCUAUGCCCAGGAUGCAGACGGCUGCCCCAUCGACAUCAAAGUGAUCCCCAACGGCGAUGGCACCUUCCGCUGCUCCUAUGUGCCCACCAAGCCCAUUAAGCACACCAUCAUCAUCUCCUGGGGAGGUGUCAACGUGCCCAAGAGCCCCUUCAGGGUGAACGUGGGAGAGGGCAGUCACCCUGAGCGGGUGAAGGUGUAUGGCCCUGGCGUGGAGAAGACAGGCCUCAAGGCCAAUGAGCCCACCUAUUUCACAGUGGACUGCAGUGAGGCAGGGCAAGGUGAUGUGAGCAUUGGCAUCAAGUGUGCCCCUGGUGUGGUGGGCCCUGCAGAGGCUGACAUCGACUUCGACAUUAUCAAGAAUGACAAUGACACCUUCACAGUCAAGUACACACCUCCAGGGGCCGGACACUACACCAUCAUGGUGCUUUUUGCCAACCAGGAGAUCCCUGCCAGCCCCUUCCACAUCAAGGUGGACCCAUCCCACGAUGCCAGCAAGGUCAAGGCUGAGGGCCCUGGGCUGAACCGCACAGGUGUGGAAGUCGGAAAGCCCACUCACUUCACUGUGCUGACCAAGGGGGCAGGCAAGGCCAAGCUAGAUGUGCAGUUUGCUGGAGCAGCCAAGGGAGAGGUUGUGCGGGACUUUGAAAUCAUAGACAAUCACGACUACUCCUACACCGUCAAGUACACUGCCGUACAGCAGGGCAACAUGGCAGUAACAGUGACCUACGGUGGAGACCCUGUCCCCAAAAGCCCCUUUGUGGUGAAUGUGGCACCCCCACUGGACCUCAGCAAAGUUAAAGUUCAAGGCCUCAACAGCAAGGUGGCUGUGGGGCAGGAACAGGCAUUCUCCGUGAGCACACAAGGGGCUGGCGGUCAGGGUCAAUUAGACGUGCGGAUGACCUCACCCUCCCGACGGCCCGUCCCCUGCAAGCUGGAGCCUGGAGCUGGAGCUGAAACUCAGGCCGUGCGUUACAUGCCCCCUGAGGAGGGGCCAUACAAGGUGGAUAUUACCUAUGAUGGCCACCCCGUCCCUGGCAGCCCCUUUGCUGUGGAAGGUGUCCUGCCCCCUGACCCCUCCAAGGUCUGUGCUUAUGGCCCUGGUCUCAAGGGCGGACUCGUAGGCACCCCUGCACCCUUCUCCAUCGACACCAAAGGGGCCGGCACAGGAGGCCUGGGGCUGACUGUGGAAGGCCCCUGCGAGGCCAAGAUUGAGUGCCAGGAUAACGGUGAUGGCUCCUGUGCUGUCAGUUACCUACCCACAGAGCCAGGCGAAUACACCAUUAACAUCCUGUUUGCCGAAGCCCAUAUCCCUGGCUCACCCUUCAAGGCCACCAUCCGACCCGUGUUCGACCCGAGCAAGGUUCGAGCCAGUGGGCCAGGCCUAGAGCGUGGCAAAGCUGGUGAGGCAGCCACAUUCACUGUGGACUGCUCAGAAGCUGGAGAGGCAGAGCUGACCAUUGAGAUCCUGUCGGACGCUGGUGUCAAGGCUGAGGUGCUGAUCCAUAACAACGCCGAUGGCACCUACCACAUCACCUACAGCCCUGCCUUCCCUGGCACCUACACCAUCACCAUCAAAUAUGGAGGCCAUCCAAUACCCAAAUUCCCCACGCGUGUCCAUGUGCAGCCUGCUGUUGAUACCAGUGGUGUCAAGGUCUCAGGACCGGGUGUGGAGCCACACGGUGUUCUACGGGAGGUGACCACUGAAUUCACUGUGGACGCAAGGUCCCUAACAGCCACUGGUGGCAACCAUGUGACAGCACAUGUGCUCAACCCCUCGGGUGCUAAGACAGACACCUACGUGACAGACAACGGGGAUGGCACCUACCGAGUGCAGUACACGGCCUAUGAAGAGGGUGUGCAUUUGGUGGAGGUGCUCUAUGAUGAGGUAGCUGUGCCCAAGAGCCCCUUCCGGGUGGGCGUGACCGAGGGCUGUGAUCCCACCCGUGUCCGAGCCUUUGGACCAGGCCUGGAGAGUGGCUUGGUCAACAAGGCCAACCGCUUCACUGUGGAAACCAGGGGAGCUGGCACUGGGGGCCUAGGACUGGCCAUCGAGGGCCCCUCAGAAGCCAAGAUGUCUUGCAAAGACAACAAGGAUGGUAGCUGCACUGUGGAGUACAUCCCCUUCACCCCCGGAGACUAUGAUGUCAACAUCACCUUUGGGGGGCGGCCCAUCCCAGGGAGCCCAUUCCGGGUACCAGUAAAGGAUGUGGUAGACCCUGGGAAGGUGAAGUGCUCAGGACCAGGGCUGGGGGCCGGUGUCAGGGCACGGGUACCCCAGACCUUCACAGUGGACUGCAGUCAAGCUGGCCGGGCCCCCCUGCAGGUGGCUGUGCUAGGCCCUACAGGUGUGGCUGAGCCUGUGGAGGUGCGUGAUAAUGGAGAUGGCACCCACACUGUCCACUAUACCCCUGCCACUGACGGGCCCUACACAGUAGCGGUCAAGUAUGCUGACCAGGAGGUGCCACGCAGCCCUUUCAAGAUCAAGGUGCUUCCAGCCCAUGAUGCCAGCAAGGUGAGGGCCAGUGGCCCUGGCCUCAACGCCUCUGGCAUACCCGCCAGCCUGCCUGUGGAGUUCACUAUAGAUGCCCGGGAUGCUGGAGAGGGGCUCCUCACUGUUCAGAUCCUGGAUCCUGAGGGUAAACCCAAGAAGGCCAACAUCCGAGACAAUGGGGAUGGCACAUACACUGUGUCCUACCUGCCAGACAUGAGUGGCCGAUACACCAUCACCAUCAAGUAUGGUGGUGACGAGAUCCCCUAUUCUCCCUUCCGAAUCCACGCCCUGCCCACUGGAGAUGCCAGCAAGUGCCUUGUCACAGUGUCCAUUGGAGGCCAUGGCCUUGGUGCCUGCCUGGGACCCCGAAUCCAGAUUGGAGAGGAGACGGUGAUCACGGUGGAUGCCAAGGCAGCAGGCAAGGGGAAGGUGACCUGCACAGUCUCUACGCCAGACGGGGCAGAGCUCGACGUGGACGUGGUUGAGAACCACGAUGGUACCUUUGACAUCUACUACACAGCACCCGAGCCAGGGAAGUACGUCAUCACCAUCCGCUUCGGGGGCGAGCACAUCCCCAACAGCCCCUUCCAUGUGCUGGCCACAGAGGAGCCGGUGGUGCCUGUGGAACCAUUGGAGUCUAUGCUGAGGCCCUUCAACCUGGUCAUCCCCUUCACCGUGCAGAAAGGAGAACUCACAGGAGAGGUGCGGAUGCCUUCUGGGAAGACCGCACGGCCCAACAUCACCGACAACAAGGACGGCACCAUCACGGUUAGGUAUGCGCCCACAGAGAAGGGCCUGCACCAGAUGGGCAUCAAGUAUGAUGGCAACCACAUCCCUGGGAGUCCCCUGCAGUUCUAUGUGGAUGCCAUCAACAGCCGCCAUGUCAGUGCCUAUGGGCCAGGCCUGAGCCAUGGCAUGGUCAACAAGCCGGCCACCUUUACCAUUGUCACCAAGGAUGCUGGGGAAGGGGGUCUGUCGUUGGCUGUGGAGGGCCCAUCCAAAGCUGAGAUCACCUGCAAGGACAACAAGGAUGGCACCUGCACCGUGUCCUACCUGCCCACAGCGCCUGGUGACUACAGCAUCAUUGUGCGCUUUGAUGACAAGCACAUCCCAGGGAGCCCCUUCACGGCCAAGAUCACAGGUGAUGACUCAAUGAGGACAUCACAGCUGAAUGUGGGCACCUCCACGGAUGUGUCACUGAAGAUCACUGAGAGUGACCUGAGCCAGCUGACUGCCAGUAUCCGAGCCCCCUCAGGCAACGAGGAGCCCUGCCUGUUGAAGCGUCUGCCUAACCGGCAUAUUGGGAUCUCCUUCACCCCCAAGGAAGUUGGGGAGCAUGUGGUGAGUGUGCGCAAGAGUGGCAAGCAUGUCACCAACAGCCCCUUCAAGAUCCUGGUGGGGCCAUCAGAGAUUGGGGAUGCCAGCAAGGUUCGCGUCUGGGGCAAGGGACUUUCUGAGGGCCACACUUUCCAGGUGGCAGAGUUCAUCGUGGAUACUCGUAACGCAGGUUAUGGGGGAUUGGGGCUGAGUAUUGAAGGCCCUAGUAAGGUGGACAUCAACUGUGAGGACAUGGAGGACGGCACAUGCAAAGUCACCUACUGCCCCACUGAGCCCGGCACCUACAUCAUCAACAUCAAGUUUGCUGACAAACACGUACCCGGAAGCCCCUUCACCGUGAAGGUGACUGGCGAGGGCCGCAUGAAGGAAAGUAUCACCCGACGUAGACAGGCACCUUCCAUUGCCACCAUUGGUAGCACCUGUGACCUCAACCUCAAGAUCCCAGGGAACUGGUUCCAGAUGGUGUCUGCUCAGGAGCGCCUGACACGCACCUUCACACGAAGCAGCCACACAUACACCCGCACAGAGCGGACAGAGAUCAGCAAGACUCGGGGUGGGGAGACCAAGCGUGAGGUGCGGGUGGAGGAGUCCACCCAGGUUGGCGGAGACCCCUUCCCUGCUGUUUUUGGGGACUUCCUGGGUCGGGAACGCCUAGGAUCCUUUGGCAGCAUCACCCGGCAGCAGGAGGGUGAGGCCAGCUCUCAGGACAUGACGGCGCAGGUGACCAGCCCAUCAGGCAAGACAGAGGCUGCAGAGAUUGUGGAGGGGGAGGACAGUGCAUACAGCGUACGCUUUGUGCCCCAGGAGAUGGGGCCCCACACGGUCGCUGUCAAGUACCGGGGCCAGCACGUGCCUGGUAGCCCCUUCCAGUUCACUGUGGGGCCUCUGGGUGAAGGUGGUGCUCACAAGGUGCGGGCUGGAGGCACAGGCUUGGAGCGAGGUGUGGCUGGCAUGCCAGCUGAGUUCAGCAUCUGGACCCGAGAAGCAGGUGCCGGGGGCCUGUCCAUUGCUGUGGAGGGUCCCAGCAAGGCAGAGAUUGCAUUUGAGGACCGCAAAGAUGGCUCCUGUGGUGUCUCCUAUGUUGUUCAGGAGCCAGGUGACUACGAGGUGUCCAUCAAGUUCAACGAUGAGCACAUCCCAGACAGCCCCUUUGUGGUGCCUGUGGCCUCCCUCUCAGAUGAUGCUCGCCGUCUCACGGUUACCAGCCUCCAGGAAACGGGGCUGAAAGUGAACCAGCCAGCAUCCUUUGCAGUGCAGCUCAAUGGUGCACGGGGUGUGAUCGAUGCUAGGGUGCAUACACCCUCAGGAGCUGUGGAGGAGUGCUAUGUCUCUGAGCUGGACAGUGACAAGCAUACCAUCCGCUUCAUCCCCCAUGAGAAUGGUGUUCACUCCAUCGAUGUCAAGUUCAAUGGUGCCCACAUACCCGGAAGCCCCUUCAAGAUCCGUGUUGGGGAGCAGAGCCAGGCUGGAGACCCAGGCUUGGUGUCAGCCUAUGGUCCUGGACUCGAGGGGGGCACCACUGGUGUGUCAUCAGAGUUCAUCGUGAACACCCUGAACGCAGGAUCAGGAGCCUUGUCUGUCACCAUUGAUGGCCCUUCCAAAGUGCAGCUGGACUGUCGGGAGUGUCCUGAGGGCCAUGUGGUCACUUACACUCCCAUGGCCCCUGGCAACUACCUCAUUGCCAUCAAGUAUGGUGGCCCCCAGCACAUCGUGGGCAGCCCCUUCAAAGCGAAGGUCACAGGUCCCCGGUUGUCUGGAGGCCACAGCCUUCACGAAACAUCCACGGUUCUGGUGGAGACUGUGACCAAGUCCUCCUCAAGCCGUGGCUCCAGCUACAGUUCCAUCCCCAAGUUCUCUUCGGAUGCCAGCAAGGUGGUGACACGAGGUCCUGGACUGUCCCAGGCAUUUGUGGGUCAGAAGAACUCCUUCACCGUGGACUGCAGCAAAGCAGGCACCAACAUGAUGAUGGUGGGUGUACACGGGCCCAAGACUCCCUGUGAGGAGGUGUAUGUGAAGCACAUGGGGAACCGCGUGUACAAUGUCACCUACACUGUCAAGGAGAAAGGAGACUACAUACUCAUCGUCAAGUGGGGUGAUGAAAGUGUCCCCGGAAGCCCUUUCAAAGUCAAUGUGCCUUGAAUCCCAGAAGUGCCUCCCCCAGCCUCAGCCCCCACCUCUGGCCAAACACACUUACUCCACUUCCACACAACAGCGUGCCACACCCAGAUACACACUUGCAGAACCAGACACUACAAACGCCUGCCUUGGGUGUGACGUGAAUGGCGCAGCCUCCCACCCCUUUGUGCCCCUGCAGGGUGGAGGGCCUUCUCUUGAAUGUGACACAAGGGCAGACUCAGGCCAGCCUCGGGCAGUGACUGUAACAUAAGGGGUAGGCGGUCCAGGAAAACUCUUGAGUUUCCUGGUUGGGCCGAGGCCAAUGGGGGUGCAUUAUGCUGUGUGUGGGGUGGGGGGUCUGUGUGUGAGAGAGGCUGCCCUCAAACCUCCUGUCCCUGAGGACUGUGACUGGCCCCUCUGGUGGCCAUAGCCCCAGAGUUUUAAGGACUUGGUCAAGAAAGCACAAUUGGAGAAGAAAACAGACCCGGAACAAGUGGCAUGUGGACUGACCUGAGCGGCACAUAUUCCACCCAAGCCAGGCUUACUGGGGGACUGAUUUCUCUCUCUCUCUCUCUCUCUCUCUCUCUCUCUCUCUUUCUCUCCUUUUUU